CUUUUUGCCUAAGCUGGGUCUCUGAGAUCCAAACUCUCAGUUCUGUUUCUUCUUCUUCCUCUUUUGUAAACAGGAGAGAAAAAAGGAUCUCCUCGCACCUACUGGCACGACGCCAAAGACUUUUGUCUCAGCUUCUGUGUCCUUCUUCUACACUCCAAAAGACUUGUUUGGGUCAAGCCAAAGCUUCCAAGCAGAAGGUUAUAUUAUCCAGGAGCAAAUUCACUGCACAGAGAGUUAGGAGAUCUCGGCGGAUGAUCGUGCGGGUUCCAUUCAAAAAGUGAGGAGGGAGGCGCAGAGAGAGAACAAGAAUGCACAGGCUACAGAGGUGCUUGUGGUACGGAUCUGGGGUUUUCCGCCACCUCGCGGACACGAUCUGGAGGCCCUUCCUCAAGUCCCCCGCGCGCUCCUCCGCCGCCUUCCUCGUCCUAGCGUUCCUCCUCGUCAGCGCGUUCCACUCCACGCGCCUCCUCGACUCCUCUGCCUCCUCCUCCUCCUCCUCCUCUUCCAUUAGUGCGGCACCGAGGCCCAUCGUCAACAUUGCCACGAGCCACGUCUACCCUCGCAAGCCCCGGAAGAAGCUCGAAAUCCCCCUCGACUGCGCCUCCUACAACCCCAGCAGAACAUGCCCCUCCAAUUACCCCACCUCUCUCCCGCCGGAGCAACGCCCCGACCCUUCGUCGGCCGCCGCGUGUCCGGAGUACUUCCGUUGGAUCCACGAGGACCUCAAGCCGUGGGCCCGCACGGGCAUCACGAGGGACGCGGUGGAGCGGGCCAGGAGGACCGCCAACUUCCGGCUGGCGAUCGUGGGCGGGAGGGCUUACGUGGAGACGUAUCGGAAAGCGUUCCAGACGAGGGACGUGUUCACGCUGUGGGGGAUCCUGCAGCUGCUGCGGAGGUACCCGGGUCAAGUGCCCGACCUGGAGCUCAUGUUCGACUGCGUCGACUGGCCGGUCAUUCAUUCGAGGCUAUAUCGUGGGCCCAGUGCCACGAGCCCGCCACCUUUGUUCCGGUACUGUGGGGACGAUGCCACGCUCGAUAUCGUCUUCCCCGAUUGGUCCUUCUGGGGCUGGCCAGAGGUUAAUAUAAAGCCAUGGGAGUCUCUAUCGAGGGACCUUAAAGAAGGCAACAAGAGGGUUAAGUGGAUGGAUAGGGAACCUCACGCUUAUUGGAAGGGUAAUCCGGCUGUUGCUGCCACCAGGCAAGACCUUCUUAGAUGCAAUGUAUCUGAUGAACAAGACUGGAAUGCUCGUAUCUUUGCGCAGGAUUGGAUCCGAGAAUCGCAGCAAGGAUACAAACAGUCAGACUUGGCAAACCAAUGCAUUCACAGAUACAAAAUAUACAUCGAAGGGUCGGCUUGGUCCGUCAGUGAAAAGUAUAUCCUGGCUUGUGAUUCCGUCGCCUUAGUGGUCAAGCCCCAUUACUACGACUUCUUCACCAGAAGUUUGAUGCCGGUCCACCACUACUGGCCCAUUAGGGAGGAUGACAAGUGCAGAUCCAUAAAGUUUGCCGUAGACUGGGGAAACAGCCACAAGCAAAAGGCACAUGCCAUUGGGAAAGCGGCGAGCACUUUUGCACUGGAAGAGUUGAGGAUGGACUUGGUAUAUGAUUACAUGUUUCAUCUGUUGAAUGAGUACGCCAAGCUGUUGAGGUUCAAACCUGUCGUGCCCGAGAAAGCCGUGGAGUUCUGUUCCGAGCACAUGGCAUGCCAGGCCAACGGGCCGGAGAAGAAGUUCAUGGAAGAAUCGCUGGUAAAGGGACCUGCCGAUACAUAUCCUUGCAAACUGCCUCCUCCAUACGAUGCUCCAUCGCUCUACGCGAUCCGCAGAAGGAAAGAGAACUCGAUAAAGCAAGUGGAGAUGUGGGAGAGGAAAUACUGGGAUGGUCUAAACAAGUCCUAGAAGAACAGGCUCGUUGUACAUUUCACGUGCACGAACACGAUGAAUUCGUUUUUGCGGUGCAUCUGAAGUCUUUACAACUUAAAAUCAAUAGCAAAUGAGCAGCAUUUACCCUGUAUUCUUAGAUUCACACAAAGAUGAGCUAUAAAUUAUGUGACAUAAUACAAUCCUCAUAUUAUGCA